AUGCAGCUCUUAAUGAGAGUGCCCUCUCUUCCCGAGCGGGGUGAGCUGGACUGCAACAUCUGCUUCCGACCCUACAACCUCGGAGCCCGUGCGCCCCGCCGCCUGGCCGGCACGGCGCGCGCCCGCUGCGGCCACACGCUGUGCACCGCUUGCCUGCGCGAGCUGGCGGCGCGGGGCGACGGCAGCCGCGCGGCCGCGCGCGUGGUGCGCCUGCGCCGCGCUGUCACGUGCCCGUUCUGCCGCGCGCCUUCCCCGCUCCCGCGCGGCGGCGUCACGGAGAUCGCUCUAGACCCUGACUUGUGGUCACAGCUGGAGAAAAAAGCCCGGGCCGAGCGUGAAGGAGACCCGAUGGGGAGCCCAGCCAAAGAAAGCGGAGAGGAUGGAGAGGACGACGACGGGGAAGAGGAGAGCGAGAAGGGGGCGGGGCCUUCAAGUGCAGGUUGGCGCGCGGUUCGCCGAAUUUUGGACAGGGUCCUGGCGCCGGCGCGCCGCUUGCGGCGUCCGUUGCCUAGCAAUGUGCUCUACUGUCCAGAGGUCAAGGACAUUGCCCACAUGACCCGUUGUACGCUGUAACUGAAGAACCCGGGAGCUAUGGCAGAAAGCAGGUGGGAGCAGCAUCCUCGGCGUGCUCUGAUACAAAGGGUUGAUGUCAAGACUACCCACUGAUGCUGGAACUGGUACGUGCGUGCGUGAUGGAGCUGGAGCUGAACAGAAAGUACCCUAGGUGGUGUGAAUUCUGAGCGUCGAAGGGUCCUAGACUGCCAGCAUUACAUUUUCAGGAUCGAGUGGCCAAGGGAUAAUAGAAACAAAGGCUACCAUAAUGCGAGAAAAAAAAUAACAAAGCUUUGGCGUUUGUUCAGAGUCUGUGGUAUAAGCAGCGGGUCCCAUUUUAGCAGUGCUCUGUGGUUGAAAAUGUUUACUUUGUAAAGAAAAAGACAGGACGGGAUAUUAUGUCACAUCAAUCUCACUUAUCUGGUUAUGUGUGUUUGCUGGUGUGCCAUCUUCCCACUCUGGGUUCCGUGUUCUAGAAAUUACUGAGUUGCCUCCCUGCUUAUGAUUGGGAAGUCUUGCAUACACAACCUCCCUUCAACUUGAUAGGGCAGGUAUGAAAACAUCUAAGGGGCAUUUAUUUACAUGAGGCCUUAAUUAAGGCUUAUCAAGGAUGGGUGAGCACCAUUUGAUAAAGGAAGCAAAAUUUAGCCCUUUAUUUGUUAUCUUUACAGGCUCUGUAGCAAUACUGGGGAAAAAGAUGCUCACAUAACUUAUAUUUGUGUCCCAUAAUGGAACAUUGUUUAUUGUAAGUCGUCAGUUCUAUUUUAAAGUCCUGUAAAUAUCUUUCUAUAGACUUAAAAUCAAGACCAGCAGUGUUGGUUGGUCUCACAGCUUGCUAGAAAUGCAGAAUUUCAGGACCCCAGUCCACAUUCCCUGAUAUUUUUAGAAUCCUAGGUGUGUGUGUAAGUUAAGAAACACUAGUUUAGAUCUUAGUCACUCUGGGAUGUCAUCAUCAUCUGUAGGUGGAACAUUUAAAACACUAAUGACACAUUAAAGUUCCAAAGUGACAUUCUUUUGAGAAGACAAAUUUUUUUCUGAGCUAAAAAUGUGAAUUUACAAUAGACUUCAGUUUUCAGAGGUCUUCAAGAUGCUGUUUUUGUUAACAAAUAAUGUAUGUAGUUAUAGGGUAUAAACCUCCAUUUUUAAAAUGUUCUGUCCUUUUCCUGUCCUUAAGUUUCAGCUUGAAUGUCACCUUUUGGAAGCCAGCAUCCAUCUGUUGUAAUGUGCCUAUUGUCUAUUUCCUAUAUACGUGCUGCCAAAGUGAAUGCUGGUAUUUUCUGGUAUUUAUGUGUUGAGUGUUUCUACCAUGUAAACUUCAAAUGACUAUCUCCAGAGCCAAUAGCAGUGUUAAUGUAUAGUAUGUAUUCAAAAAUAUUUGCUGAAUUUAUUUUGAAUGUAAUAGUCUCAAGAAUAAAGCAUCUGGGCUCACUCAA